UCAGAGCCAUUUUGAAGUUAACGGUUGUAUUUAACCAUUCAAUUUUAACACAAAUCUGCAAUUUUAUGAAGAAGAAGGAAGAAGUAGGCGUUGAGGUGAAGAAAUAGACGUUUUGGUCAAUCAUUUGGCCGCCAACUUUUUGCGGAUUGCAAUUAUUUUUGAGUAAUGAGAAGACUGUCAAUUUUACUCUCGAUUUCUGUAGUUUGAUGAAAUGGCUUCACCGCCCAAAAAACUGAAGAUUGAGGCAAAUGGAUCUCGUUUGAGCAAACUUUUAAUUAAUAAAGGUACACAAGGUAUGAAAUAUACAUUGCAAUGUUUUAUAAACCAAUCAAAUUUGCCUGCUCAACUGAACGAUGCUGUCAACAAGAAUACAUUGAAAUCUUUAAAAUACAAAGUCAUCAGCCGAAAGCAAUGGGACCUUCUUUACCCUCCAACUGGUUCACCAAAUAUUGAAAACUUUGAUAUCUCAUUAUUGACUGUCUUAUUGCGAAAUAUAUGUGGUCUAACAGCGCCAUGUAGUGGAUGGGAUAAUCUGCCUCCACCUUCAGACAACUCAGUUUCAGCAAAUGUUGCAAGAAUAAAGUUUUAUCGAAACAAAGUGUACGGUCACAUUACCACAACUAGUUUGGAUGACAAUGAGUUUGAGCUCUUGUGGCAGGAAAUUUCAAAAGCGUUGGUUGGUCUUGGUAUUCAACAAACUGAAGUAGAUGAAAUGAAGGAAGCUCCUCUAAGUCCAGAUGAGGCAAAUUACAUUGAAAUGUUAAGAGGCUGGUAUACCAAAGAACAAGAAUUAAUCGAAAUGGCUGAGAAGACCAAAAUUAUCGCUUUAAAUACGAAUGAGAAAGUUGAAGAAAACAAAAAAGUUGUUGAAGGAAUAAAAAAUGAUGUAGCUAGAAUCAAAGAGGAAGUAAUAGCAACAAAAGCCGACAUAGCGGGAAUAACGUUUCAUGAAAUAACUUCUUCAGAUGUCGAAAAGCUUGGAAAGUGUAAUUUCAAUGGUCUGAUAAAAGAUCUUAACAAGAAAUACUCUCAAGGCACUAGACAAUGGUUAUUUGAAAAACUUAACGCUUGGUUUAACGAAAAAUAUGAAGAUGCUUCUAAUGUCAUGGUUUGGAUCGCUGGUCCUGGUGUCGGUAAAAGUGUAUUUUCAGCUGAGGUGUGUCGAAGAUACUCUGAGAAGAAGAAGCUUGCUGCUUGUCAUUUCUGCAAGUAUAAUCGAUCAGACUAUAGAGAUCCUCGAAUGUUGGUAGAGUCAUUGGCCAGUACCAUGUGUGAUACAAUAUCUGGUUUUAAUUCUAAACUGAAUGAAGCAUUGAAGAGAAACCAUUCCAAAGCAUCAAUCGCUGAUGCAUUCCUUGUUUUGUUAAACAAUCCAUUGCAUUCUCUGAAAGAUCAUGAACCAAUGCUUUUGGUCAUUGAUGCAUUAGAUGAAAGUCAAGUUAACGGCAAAAGUGAAUUAUUAGAAUUGAUUGCAGAGGAAUUCGGCCAACUACCAAAAUGGAUUAAAAUCUUUAUCACUAGUCGUCCAGAACUUCCCCUUCAAAAGCAAUUGAAAGAAAUGAAUCAUAUGAAAAUAACAACUCAACCUCGUGAUAGAAACAACGAAGAAGAUCUGCAAAAGUAUUUGAAAUAUCAAUUAAACAGUUGUUGCUCUGGGAACUCUAAUUUUUUUGUUUCUGACUACGUUUUAGGAUUGUUAGUUGAAAAAUGUAAAGGUUCUUUUCUUUAUGCUUAUCACGGACAAGCAGAGCUGAAGAGGGAAAAUAUUGAACUUACCAGCGAGAGUAUUAAAGGAUUAGUCCCUCACGGCUUAAGUUGUUUCUAUAAAAAAGAAUUUCAUCGAGUAAAAGCGUCAUUAAAGAAGAUAAGUUUUUCAACGCAGAGUAUUGCAGUAACAAGUCUCAUAGAAUUACAGGCAUUUCAUUACAUAAAAGCCAAAACGACGAGUCUUUGAGAAGAAUUUGAGUUAAAUUUGUUCAGACGAAGCGCGCAAACUUUAAUCCGAGUUCGCGCGAAAUUCGAUUUAUGAUUUGUUCGAAUCACUUCUCAGAUGAUUGUUUUGAGCGUUUAUUCCAUUUGGGUGGUAUGACUAGACGGCUCAAACCUGGUGCCGUACCUACUAUUUGGAAGAAAUCACAAACACCAACCACGUCAAGAGAGCGGCGUCAGGUUAGCACAAGUUGCAAUUAUUAUAUACUUACACAUAUUGCAGAUGAUAAAUUUUCACAAUUUGAGAGAACCAAUAAUACAUACAGGCAAACUUUCAAUAUAUAAUAUACAUUUAUACUAAGGUUUUAAAGGAAAUACAAAAUGAAGUGUCUGUA